GAUAAGAGAGGGGGCAUCAUCGUCUCUCUUAUCCGGAUCAAGGAAACCUUGAACGCCCAACACCAUGCUCCCGAUGUCUGUGCACCCGGCGACUACGGCGACCCUCGUCUCGCGCCCCCGCCUCUCUGCACCCAAAUCUCCUGCCUCCCCUAGCACCUCCUCCCUUCCUCACCUGGUCCACUUCAAGAGCAGGAGGCUGCCCCUUCGCUCGCUCCGCGGCCUCGCUGCCGCCGCUGUCGAAGCGGAGCAGUCGUUCGUCGGGUUGGGAGAAGAGGAGCCUGAAGUUGGAGCUGCGGAUGCUGACGCCGUGGUGGAAGGCGAGGAGUACAAGGUGGCAGUGCCUGAAAGGCAGGAUCCCAUGCUCGUGCUGAAAUUCAUAUGGAUGGAGAAGAACAUCGGCAUAGCGCUCGAUCAGAUGGUUCCAGGCUUUGGUAGCAUCCCGUUGAGCCCAUACUACUUCUGGCCACGGAAAGAUGCGUGGGAGGAGCUAAGAGCAAAGCUGGAGGAGAAAGAGUGGAUCUCGCAGAAGCAGAUGAUCAUCCUUCUCAACCAGGCCACGGACAUCAUCAACCUCUGGCAGCAGGGCGGCGGUAGCUUGUCGACAUGAGCUUCUCUCUGUUCUCCCAACCGCACGAGCUGUUUAUCGUCCUUGUUCUUGCUUCAUCUACAUGGCUCUCUGUUGUUAAUGUUAAAGCCACAUGGUACAUGUUCCUCUAGAUCGAGUCAAAUCUGUUUUCAUAUGAUUCUGUAUGUUGAAAUGAGUUUUGAUUAAUCCCCCCAAGGGUGGAGGAUUUGGGUUCAACAAUUGGUAGGAGUGAACGAUGUACAAAGCCGUGUAAGAUGAUUGGUUUGCUAACUACUCCUACCAUUUUCAUACCA